AUGCUGUUCUGCGAAUCGUUUGAAACCACCACAACUGCAAAUGAUAUUUACAUCAAAAUCAAACAUUAUUUGGAUGCAAACAAAAUACCAAAGGAAAACUUACUGGCAUGUGCGGCAGACGGUGCACCUGCCAUGAUGGGCAAGAAUACAGGAUGCUUAAAAAUGAUGAAGGAUGAAAAUCCAAACAUGUUGACUGUCCAUUGUGUAAUACACCGAGAAAACUUGGUUGCCAAGAAAUUGUCCCCUGUUCUUAACAAGAUUCUUCAAAGUGUGAUCAAGUGUGUCAACAGCAUUAAAAGAAAUUCUAAAUCUGAACGUCUUUUUAAGCAGUUUUGUAUAAAUCAAAGUGCCGAACAUGUUCGAUUAUUGCUUCAUACAGAAGUAAGAUGGCUAUCAAGUGGAAACUGCUUAAAGAGGUUCAUGGAAUUAUUUGAUCAGAUAACGACUUUCUUAGUGAUAAAUGUGAAAUGA